CAUCACACCCACACGCCUGCUCUCCGACGGCAUCCUUUCGGUGACGGAGACCGGCGGUCGGACACGGCCGCUCCGCUUCCACGAGAAGCAGCAUGUUCUGCUUCUGUUGGCAGAGUUCCUUCCUGAAGCUGCAGGCACUGGAUGCCGAGGCCGGCUCCUCCCUCAGGCCGUCGCCGGAGGACACAGCACCGACGCCGGGCACCAAGGAGCAGAGCCAGACCCCGGUGCGGGGCAGCCGCAGCGAGGAGACCAGCCCUGGCGACCCCAGGUCAGCCGUCAGAGCCCUGAUUCUGGAGGGGGAGGGUUGCGAGAGCCAGUCGUCACCGGGGCCCAGCCGCCUCCUGCACCACAUCAUGGACGACGGGAGCCCCCUCCCAUCGCCACGCUGUCCGAGCUUCAGCCAGAGCCUGCGCUUCAACACGGACCCGGAGGCGGCGCCAUCGCCCCCCUGCUCCCAGCAGUUCAUCAUGGCUCGCGGCAUUGACAGAAGUGAACCUCCAGAGGGCGCCAAAGACACGCUGUCGAUCGCCUUUCUCACGAAACACACCCAGACCCUCAAGAGGAAAAUUCGCAAGUUCGAAGAAAGGUUUGAACAGGAGAAGAAGUACAUGCCCUCACACAACGAUAAAACGGCAAAUCCAGAGAUGUCCAAGCUCAUGAAUGAGCUUGCCAAGUCUCGCAAGCAGCUUAAAGACCUCAAAUUGAAACAAUCUGUGGAGGAGCUGAGAGAGCAGAAGGACACAGAAAUAUGCAAGUACAACAGUGACCUGCAGGGGGCGACAGAGUCACAGCAUAAGCCCUCCUUGGAGGAGACGGUAGACGCCCUGCUGAAAAGACUUAGGGAGAAGCGACAGGCCCUUGGCCUCCCAGACAAUAUGAAGGAAAUGACCCAAAAACAGAUGGCCCUGGAAAAAAUUACUCUGCAGAAAUGCUUGCUGUACUUCGAGAGUCUCCAUGGCCGACCAGACUCGAAGCAGGAGAGGAGCCUUGUGAAGCCGUUGUACGACAGAUACCAGAUGAUCAAGCAGUUGCUCUGCGCCACUCCUACCAUCACCACCAUAGAGGAAGAGGAGGGGUCAGAUGAGGAGUGCGUGCCGCAAUGCCCCGUACAGCCCUGUCGGUCGGAGCGCCCACCCCCGACUGAUAAGUCGCCAGGGACACAGGAAGAGGACAGCGACACAGCCUUUGUGUCCCCGCUGGAUGAGGUCAAAGCCGUGCGUCAGCCGGGCGUCACCAUGUCCAACCUGCACGAGGCCUCCAGGUCAGAGCUCCUGGAGUCCCUCCGGGAAACCCGAGUGGAGAAGAAGAGGCGUCGCAAGGCACUCCGAGAGUUUGAGCUGCAGUUUUUCAGACAAAUGGGGAGGGCCGUUCAGAAGGAUGACCGUAUUCCCAUGGCUGAAGAGUAUCAGGAGUACAAGAACCUGAAAGCUAAACUCAGAUUACUGGAAGUCCUUCUGAGUAAACAGGACGUUUCAAAGACUAUCUGAGAGAAAGACGUUGUUCGUU